AUGGACGAGGCCAACGAGAAAAAGGUUGUGGUGGCCAUUGUCGGCGCGGGCCCUUCAGGCCUGGCGGCGGCAGCGUGCUUGAACCGCCAAGGUGUGGCCAACAUUGUGCUCGAGCGAGACGAUUGCUCCUGCUCUCUUUGGAGAAAGAGGGCAUACGAUCGAUUGAAGCUCCACCUAGCCAAGCAAUUCUGCGAGCUCCCCUACAUGCCCUUCCCCUCCAAGUCACCCACAUUUAUCCCUAGGGACCAAUUCAUAGAAUACCUCGACAGCUACAAGUCGCAUUUCGGGAUAAAGCCGUAUUGCGGACGCUCCGUGGAGAGCGCGUCAUACGAUGACCAGAUUGGCAAGUGGCGGAUCUUGGCGAGAAACACUGGCUCGGGCGAGCACGAGGUCUACGUGGCGGAGUUCUUGGUGGUGGCGAGUGGGGAGAACAGCGAGGGCGCUAUGCCGGAGAUUGACGGCUUGGAGAGCUUCGGCGGGGAGGUGAUGCACUCGAGCGAGUACCGGAAUGGGAGGGAAUUCGGAGGGAAAAACGUGUUGGUGGUGGGCUGUGGGAACUCAGGAAUGGAGAUUGGAUAUGACUUGUGGAGCCAUGGUGCCAACACUUCCAUUGUUGCUCGAAGUCCCGUGGAAGUCGUUACCAAGGAAAUGGUGUUUCUUGGCAUGGUUUUGUUAAAAUUUCUUCCAUUCCGAAUCGUCGACUUCUUGAUGAUGCUACUUAGCAAGCUGAUAUAUGGUGACUACUCCAAGUACGGCCUUCGGAGACCGAAAAAUGGUCCAUUCCAUCUGAAAGCAGUGACCGGAAGAUCCCCCACCAUCGACGUCGGGGCGAUGAGGGGGAUCAAGAACGGAGAAAUCAAGGUUUUCCCCCCCAUCAAAAGCAUUAAAGGGAAGCUGGUCACGUUUAUAAAUGAGACAAGAAGUCGAUUUGAGUCCAUAAUCUUUGCCACUGGCUACAAAAGCAACGUGCGGAAAUGGCUCCAGGGUGGAGAUGACCUUUUCAACGAUGACGGUAUGACCAAGGUCCGGCACCAAUGGAAAGGAGAAAAUGGCUUGUACUGCAUCGGUUUCUCUCAACAAGGCCUGUUCGGCAUCUCUGCCGAUGCGCGGAAUGUAGCGGACGACAUUAGCUUCAAACUUCAACGUCGGAGGAAGGGUAAUGCUUGGGAUGUUGCGCAUGGAAUGAUCAGCUUGUACUGA